UUCUUCAACCUUUCUCUCACUAAAACGUAGAGAGGGAAAGAAGACCUUUAUUGAGAUCAAAGAAAUUAACAUGGGUAAUUGCGCUAGUGAACCCAAGACCAAGGGUGAUGAUGUUGCUGGAGUCCCAGCACCCGAGCCCAAGACAGAGGAGUUGGUCCAGGGCAACGAGGUGAACCGCGAGCUGCUGCAGGAGGAGAACAAGGCUGAUGAUGGAGAUGCUCAGCAAAACAACGAUGCUGGUCAUAACAAGCAACCCUCUCUUGGGGCCUUGCUCAAGGAGGAAGAAGAAAAGACAGCUCAUGUUGCUGCAAAGCUAGAAGAAGUCGAAGAAAAGGCAAAGACCACUGAAAAGAAAGAGGAAGUAGUGGUUGAGUUGGAGAAGGCAUCUGAAGCAACACCAGUUGCAGUUACCCAAGAAGAGAAGAAAUCUGAUAUUGAGGAGAAGAAACCAGAAGUGAAAGAGACCAAACCAGAAGUGGAGGAGACCAAACCAGAAGUGAAGGAGAUUAAACCAGAAGAGAAAGUGACAAAACCAGAAGAAAAGGAUACAAAACCAGGAGAGAAAGUGACAAAACCAGAAGAGAAAGUGAUAAAACCAGAAGAGAAAGUGACAAAACCAGAAGAAAAGGAGACAAAACCAGAAGAGAAGGAGACAAAAGAAGAAAAGAAGGAGCAAAUAUGAAGACCUGCUAAGGGAGUCACUGUGGGCCUGUAAUUUCUACUACAAGACUUUAUACAAAUUUUGUGUGUUUCCAAAUGUUUUGAAGAGAAAGCUAUUAGAUUGGUUGGGGAAGAAGGAGUCUCCUUUCUUUGUUUUGGUUGUAUUUGCUGGUUUAAAUAUGGUUUUUCUUGGUGAAUCUUUUUAGUAUAUUUCACAAAUAUC